CGAAAAUCGAGAUUGCCAUGUUGGUGUGGGCAUGGCUUACAGGCAUAGUCCCCGCUCGACGUUUCUCGUCUCCUUUGUUGCGAACCUCAGCAAUCAAUGGAACAGAACAAGGCUCUGUGGAGCGAGGCAUGGAGAGUUGCAGCGUCUAGGGGAAUGUGAAGGAAAGUCGAGUCGAAGCCAACUUUCGAUUGCACACGAAAUCGAGAUGAUCCCUCUGUGCGCCAUGCGCAUGUGGUGUGCCACAAGCCUACAACGAGGCAUACAUCACAUCCAAUACUCAUUGCUAUGACAUGGGAGCCGCUGGGCUAGGGCCCAGACACGUUCUCCGCUCUAUGGUCAGCAGCUUCGUUGAUUCCCAUGGGUUAAUCAAACCUUACUGGGGCAGCAAACGAAUAAGACAUGCGGCAAUGGGCUCCGGACCCCCAGCUUGCGGAACCCCAGGAUUACUUCGUCAAGCUACCAUGCUCGACCUCCUUCACCAGAUCGUAGGCGUUGUCAUUUUGAGGGAGGUACGAAUGGAAUAGGAACAGGCUAGCAGGCUUCCCCGUUUCCUGCUGAAAGACCUGGCGAAAUUAUUAUUCAGCCCUCAACAUGCACCUUUGAAAGCAAGUCAGCUCCGCAAGAUGGUCCCAUAUCAGAGGGUUUCCGGAGGACGGUGCGCGAGCAUCUAGAGAGGAUGCUGAUGUCCC